AUGGCUGAAUUUGCGGCGAAUUUGAGCACCGGGACGUCGCUGGAGGCGAGUCCUGCGCCGCAAUCGCACACACAACCGGCGGUCGGAACAACGUACCGCCCGUUGUCGUUACAGGAGAGGAGAGCAAAAUAUUUCACCGAUACUGAAAAGAUCCCGUUUGACGUGGACGCCACGGCCACGAGGUUCAAGUACCUUUUGGGGCUGACGGGGCUGUUUGAGCACUUUCUCAAGGCCAAGGCGGCGAGCGACCCGCGAUUCGGCGAGGUCUGGAACAUGCUGCAGCAGGACUCCUUGAUCUCCUCUGGCCAGGAUCAGGAUCAUAGACGAAGAAAGACAGAGAAGGAGGAGGACGCGGAGUUGUUGAAAGACGAGGAAACCGUGUCGGAGGCAUUCGAGUUCACAGAAAGCCCCGCGUUCAUCAACGGCAAACUGCGGCCGUACCAGAUUCAGGGACUCAACUGGCUGAUCUCGCUGAACCAGAACAAUCUGUCGGGGAUUUUGGCCGACGAGAUGGGACUGGGCAAAACGUUGCAGACGAUCUCGUUUCUGGGUUAUCUCAGAUACGUUCGGGGCAAAGCAGGUCCGCAUUUGGUGAUUGUUCCAAAGUCUACUUUGGAGAACUGGCAGAGAGAAUUUGCCAAAUGGACGCCAGAAGUGGAAACUCUUGUUCUGACUGGAGAUCAACAGCAGAGAAACGAAAUCAUCAAGGACGGAUUGUACACCUGCAAAUUUGACGUGGUAAUCUCGUCAUACGAGAUCGUGAUCAGAGAAAAAACAGCACUUAGAAAGUUUGCCUGGGAGUACAUUGUUGUUGACGAGGCACACAGACUGAAAAACGAGGACUCGCUCUUGUCACAGAUCAUUCGGACGUUCCACUCGAAAAAUAGAAUGCUUAUCACAGGUACCCCGUUGCAGAACAAUUUGCACGAGCUCUGGGCGUUGUUGAAUUUCCUGCUUCCAGACGUUUUUGCCGACUCUGAGACCUUUGACGAGUGGUUUUCGUCUGGUGACUCGGAAAAUAAAGACGACACCAUUGUUCAGCAGCUCCAUAAAGUCCUUCAGCCGUUCCUUUUGAGAAGAAUCAAAUCGGACGUGGAAAAAAGCUUGCUCCCGAAGAAAGAGCUCAACGUGUACGUUGGAAUGACAGAAAUGCAAAAGAAAUGGUACCAGAAGCUGCUGGAGCGAGACAUCGAUGCAGUGAAUGGCGCCAACGGGAAACGAGAGUCCAAAACCAGACUGCUCAACAUUGUGAUGCAGCUGAGAAAAUGCUGCAACCAUCCGUAUCUUUUCGAAGGAGCAGAACCUGGUCCUCCAUUCACCACAGACGAGCAUCUUGUUUUUAACUCGCAGAAGAUGAAAGUGCUGGAUCGCAUGCUGAAACGGUUCAAAGAGCAAGGAUCCAGAGUGCUGAUUUUCUCACAAAUGAGCAGAAUGCUAGACAUUUUAGAAGACUACUGUUCUUUCAGAGGUUUCGAGUAUAGUCGAAUCGACGGACAAACAGACCAUGUUGAUAGAAUCCGUGCGAUCGACGAGUACUCGGCACCAGACUCCAAAAAGUUUGUGUUUUUGCUGACCACCAGAGCAGGAGGUCUGGGAAUCAACCUGACGUCGGCAGAUAUUGUUUUCCUAUAUGACUCGGACUGGAAUCCACAGGCCGAUUUGCAAGCCAUGGACAGAGCGCAUCGUAUUGGACAGACAAAACAGGUGAGAGUGUUUAGGUUUGUGACCCAGCAGGCCAUUGAGGAGAAGGUUUUGGAAAGAGCGUCUCAGAAACUGAGACUGGACCAGCUUGUUAUUCAACAGGGCAGACAAUUGAACGGUCAGCAGGAAAAGAAUAGAGGAAACUCGAAGGACGAGUUGCUGAACAUGAUUCAAUUUGGAGCUGCGGACGUGCUGGGCCAACAGAUGACCAACUCGGAGGAAGAACAGAAAGAACAGCUGGACGACGACGAGAUCGACCAGAUCUUGAUGGAGUCGGAAAAAAAGACCCAGGAAUUGAACAGCAAGUAUUCCAAACUGGGGCUGGACGACUUGCAAAACUUCACCUCGUCGUCCGACUCUCUUUAUGAGUGGGACGGCAAGAAUUUCCAGAAGAAAGAGCCAGUUGUUGCUGGCCCACUGGGCAAUGCAUACACAUGGAUCAACCCGUCCAAGCGUGAACGUAAGGAGAACUACUCGAUCGACAACUAUUACAGAGACGUGUUGAAUCCGAACGCACGGUCUGGGUCUGCGCAGCCACAGUUUCCGGGCGUGAAGCCUUUGAAACAGGCCCCUAUCUACGACCACCAGUUCCUGCCGGCGCAGCUCUGGGAGCUGUACGAUCUGGAACGCAACUACUUCAAGAAACAGACCAAGCAGAAAGCCGACAGCAGCAAAGGCAACGGCACUGCCGAGCAGAGGAAACUGAACCAGCAGUUAGAGCAGCUAGAGAUCGACCAUUCCCGCGCGUUGACAGAGGAGGAGGAGACGUUGAAGCAGGAGCUGUUGACACAGGGGUACCACAAUUGGAGUCGACGCGAGUUCUACCAGUUUAUUUCGUUAAACGUCAAGUAUGGCCGCACGGCGAUUUCUUCCAUUGCUUCCGAGUUUGAGGACAAGACGUACGACGAGGUGAAGGAGUACGCCCAGGCGUUUUGGAACAAUGUUUCGAGCAUCGAAGGGUAUGAACGGUAUGUGGGGCAGAUUGAGGCUGGAGAAGAAAAGAUAGAAAAGAUAAAGAUUCAGAAGGAAGCGCUACGGCGCAAGAUUGCCGAGACCCGGUUCCCGUUGCUGGAGUUGAGUUUGAAGUAUCCGCCUUCGUCAUCGAUGUCGUCAUCGAAACGAGUGUUCAGCGACGAGGAAGACAGGUAUCUACUGGUGCAGCUUUAUCGCCUUGGCUUGGACUCGGAAGAUGUUUACGAGCGGAUCCUGGAAAACAUCCGAGCCAGCCCCAUGUUUGAGUUUGAUUUCUUUUUCCAGAGUCGCAACUCUACAGAGAUCAACCGGCGAUGCGCGACGCUAUUGGCCUGUGUUGUGAGAGAAUACGAGAAGAGCGUUUCUCGUAAACGAAAUUCGGCGAAAAAAGUGGCCAAAAACGGAAAAAAACAACGGAGAAAAUGA